CCAGAAGCCGUUCUUCGCUGAACUGGGGAGCAUGACUUCAUGGGAUUAUGCGUUUCGGAAUCGACACUUAGCCCGGAGCACAUCUUGCCUCAUCACCCGUUGUACCUUGCCCUGGUCAAACCUUGCUGGGGCAGCUCUGCUUCACCAGAUGAUCCGUGUUGGCCGCAGAUGAUCAAAAGCUCUGUAAAUCCGUCAACUCCCCCGCUUCCGACUCGUGCCGGUCUGCUGGACACGCCCACCCGGAGCCUUGCCAAAAAUGGAAGCCACGCGAACAACACUUCUGCAAUGAGGCGGGAGACAUCGUUGUCUACAAGACACACCCGUGCUGGACCACCACCAACCCCACCCGCAACAAACGACAAACCCCAACCGCAGAUGGAAUCAUUCGUCUCCUUCGGCGAUCAGCAUGCUGUAUACAAUCCGCUCACGAGCUCAGCGCCGAUAUACGUGGUCCCAGACCCAAAUGGCCAAGGCUACUUCUUCGUGCCUCCACAGGAGGAAGGAGUCGUGGACGAGAUGACGUGGUGUCAACAAAUACAAGUCCAAGUACCUCUGGAGGCCACGCCCUCUUCGAUGGGACUUCCCUUACCAGAGUCAGAGUCAGAAGGCACGGUUACGGAGGCGGCCCUGCCGGAGUCUUUAGUAGACAGGGCGAUUGAGGCGGGAAGAGCGCUCCAGGCAUGCCCAGACAUCGGUCCUAUCCACCUCCAGCUCUCCAAGCUCAUCUCCCGGCUCCUCGACUGCAAGUACAGCCCAGGGGCGACGUACAUCUCGGACGGCCUUGCGAAACGACUGAACAAAUUCUGCAACUGGUGCUAUGAACUGAGCUCAAAGUUGCGCAACGGCCACACGCACCACUGGUCCACAGGGGAAGUAGAACAACUCAAAGACUUCCUCUCCCGUAUCAGCAGUAACAUACAGGAACUGCAACCCGAUCCGUUGUUCCUCGAGGUGAUGGUGGAGAAGCGCCAGGUGGACGCGUGUAGGUGGACAGGAAGGGAGGCGGACAAGUUUGCCGCGAGGGGCUUCCAGUAGUCAGGCUGCGGUCAAGCUGCCAGUCGAGGGGAGGAGAGGAGUGCUGGCGGGAUGGCGAAGGGAAGGGAGCGAGAUGGGCUAGACGAUGACUAAAGGACACGCGGAAACAACGCACUCCGCAAGAACUCCUUACUCCAUAUUUAUUGUACAUUCCUUACUCCGGGCGAAACCCAAGUUUAUGCAACGCCUGGCAGUAAGCACGCGCUAGCCUCGUGCCAGCUUGCGCAAG